UAACGAAUCUUUCUCAUUUCCUACUCCUUUCCUCUAAAUCCUAGUCAACAUAUACCCGCCACGUGUCCUCAAUAUUCUACAGUAUCUAAUCUCUUCCUAUAAUACCCGCAGUAAUAAUACACUACUACUAUGAAACCGAAACAUCUCAUGAUCCAUAACCAAAUCAAAUUACUAUAUGUGUUAUUUGUUAAUUUGUUUCAACAAUGAGUACUCAUGUUACUAAUCAAAGGGAUCGCCGUAUCCUAUCAUUCCCAGCAGUUCAUCCUUGUGAAUCCAUAUCUUCAUCAACACUAAUCACUUCACUAAUCACACUUUCACAAACCAUAUCAAAUUUCCAACCUCAAUUAUUCACAACCCAAAAACGUAACGCAAGAGAAUUAACACGUCAAAUCUCCAUCAUUUCAAUCUUCCUCAAAGAAAUUAAAGAUACUGAAUCCAUUAUCCCUAACUCAAUAAUCCUCUGUUUUUCAGAACUUCACUUCACUUUACAAAAGAUUCUCUUCUUAAUGCAAGAUUGUAUUCUAGAAGGUUCCAAGCUCUUAUUGCUUGCGAAAUCGCAACACGUGGCAUCUUUGUUUCGUUCUCUUAUUCGUGCAGUGUCUACUACACUAGAUGUUUUACCUUUACAUAAGGUGGAAAUUUGCUUCGAAGUUAAGGAGUUUGUUGAAUUAGUAGCUAAACAAGCGAGAAAAGCUAAAUUUGAAGUUGAACCCAGCGAUGAAUUUGCUACCAAGAAACUUCAUUUAGUUUUGCAACAAUUCGAGAGAGGAAUUGAACCAAACAUGAAUACAAUGAAUGAGAUUAUUGAUUACUUGAAAAUAAAAAGCUGGAAUGAUUGUGAUAGAGAAAUCAAAUUCUUAGAAGAUGAGAUAAGUUUGUUAGAGAAUCGCGAUUGUAACGAACGAGAAGUUCCAUUGUUGAGUAGCUUAGUUGGGUUUUUAAGCUACUGCAGAGUAGUUAUAUUUGAAUCUCUUGAUGGAAAUUCUUUUGAUGAACUCGAACUCGAAGCUCGACGAAGCACUGAGAUAAUAACUCUAACUACUUGUCUAAAUCCAGAGGAUUUUCGAUGUCCAAUUUCGCUAGAAUUAAUGACUGAACCAGUAACAGUUUCAACAGGACAAACCUAUGAUCGUGCUUCAAUUCAGAAAUGGCUUAAAUCAGGAAACACUACAUGUCCCAAAACAGGAGAGAAUCUUAAGAACACAGAGUUAGUUCCAAACACAACACUGAAGAAACUUAUCCAACAAUUCUGCUUCGACAAUGGUAUAUCUUACACCAGAUUUUCUAAUUCGAACCGUAGCCGCGACAUAACUAGGACUAUUUUACCAGGUAGUUCUGCAGCAGCUCAUGCUAUGCAGUUUCUUUCAUGGUUUCUAACACGACGGCUUGUGUUUGGAACUGAGAAACAGAAGAACAAAGCAGCUUAUGAGAUUCGUUUGUUAACAAGGUCAAGUAUUUUUAAUAGAGCAUGUUUGAUUGAAGUUGGAACUGUUCCACCAUUGUUGGAACUUUUAGCUACGGAAGAUAAAACGACACAAGAGAAUGCUAUCUCUGCAUUGAUGAAGCUUUCAAAGCAUGCAACUGGGCCUGAAAAUAUAAUGGCACAUAACGGUUUAAAGCGUGUUGUUUAUGUACUGAGAAACGGGCUUAGUCUUGAAGCUCGUCAAAUUGCAGCUGCUAUAGUAUUCUAUCUUUGUUCUGUAAAAGAAUAUAGAAAAAUCAUAGGUGAAAAUCAAGAAGUGAUUCAUGGUUUAGUGAAAUUGGUUAAAGAAGGAACAACCUGUGGGAAAAAGAAUGCAGUUGUUGCGAUUUUUGGACUUCUUUUAUUUCCUAGGAAUCAUCAACGCGUGCUUGAAUCCGGUGUUGUUCACGCCCUUGUUUCUAUUUUGGCUUCUUCGGAUAAGGAAGAACUUGUUACUGAAUCUUUGGCUGUUCUUGCUGCACUUGCUGAGAAUUUUGAUGGUGCCAAUGCUGUUUUUGAAGCUUCUGCAUUGUCUUUGAUUAUUGGGAUGUUGAGGUCUGCUACUUCGCGUGUUGGGAAGGAGCAUUGUGCUUCGAUUUUGUUGUCUCUGUGUGUUAAUGUUGGUGUGGAUGUUGUAAGUGUUCUUGCUAAGGAUGUUACGCUUAUGCCUAUGCUUUAUUCGCUUCUUACUGAUGGUAAUUCUCAUGCUGCUAAAAAAGCGCGUUUGCUUAUUACAGUUCUUCAAGAUUUCAAUGAAACAGCUAGUUCUCGAUUGAAAGGUUCUUCAAUUCUGCGCGAAAUGAAUAGGUUAGAAAUUAGAAAUUAGAAUCUCUUGUGAAUAUAUAGGUAUACUUUUUUGUGUAAAUAAUAUAAGAUAUACGUCGAUUAUUGUCACAUUCCCCAGUGAGCUAAUUUCAAUAAGUGAGCUUCAGCUUAUACACAGGAAGCUUAAUUAUGAUUAUGUUGUAAUUGGUAUAGUUGUGAAUUAAA